GGGCGCAAAGCAGCGCAGAGACAGCACCAUGGAUUUCGUGUCACUCCUUCUCUUGAGCGCCGUCCUGGGGCUCCUGCUCCUCUUGGCUCGGGGUCCCGCAGCUUCCCGGAGAGGCCGCCUUCCCCCAGGACCGCGACCCUUGCCUUUACUGGGCAACAUUCUGCAGAUGGACCGUCAUGGCCUCCUGAAAUCCUUUCUGGAGCUUCGGGACAAGUAUGGGGAUGUAUUUACCAUCUACCUGGGCCCUCGACCUGUGGUUGUGCUAUGUGGGCCUGAGGCUGUGAAGGAGGCCCUGGUGGAGAAGGCUGAGGAGUUCAGUGGUCGAGCACCUGUGACGAUCGUUGAUUCAGUCUUCCAGGGGCAGGGGGUUGUCUUUGCCAAUGGUGAUAGGUGGAAGGCCUUGCGCCGAUUCUCCCUGGCCACUCUUCGAGAUUUUGGCAUGGGGAAGAGAAGCAUUGAAGAACGGAUCCAAGAGGAGGCCCAGUGUCUGGUUGAGGAGCUCCGGAAAUCCAAGGGAGCCCUGUUGGAGCCCACUGUCCUCUUCCAUUCCAUCACCGCCAACAUCAUCUGCUCCAUUGUGUUUGGUGAACGCUUCUCCUAUGAUGAUAACCAGUUUCAGGACCUGCUGAACAAGUUCACUGACACUUUUGCCAUAGCAAGCUCUCUGUGGGGCCAGCUGUUUGAGCUGUUUUCAGGUUUCCUGAAGUUCUUUCCUGGUUCCCAUCGGCGUGCUCACAACAACCUGACACUCAUCAAUGCCUUCGUUGCUGACAAGGUGGAGAAGAACAAAUUGAGCCUGGACCCCAGUGCCCCCCGAGACUUUAUUGAUAUGUACCUGCUCCGUAUGGAGAAGGAAAAGGACAUCGCUGGCACUCAGUUCGACUACAAAAACCUCAUCAUCACUGUCAUGUCAUUGUUCUUUGCUGGCACCGAGACAACCAGCACCACCUUGCGCUAUGCCUGCCUUGUGCUCCUCAAGUACCCCUGGGUGGCAGAGAAAGUCCAGAAAGAGAUUGACCAGGUGAUUGGGAGAAACCGUCUUCCAGAGAUCAAAGAUCGAGCCAAAAUGCCCUACACAGAUGCUGUCAUCCAUGAGACCCAGAGAUUCAGUGACCUCCUACCUAUGAGUGUUCCCCAUUCUGUGACCCAGGACACCUUCUUCAGGGGCUACCUCAUUCCCAAGGGCACUGACGUGUACCCUGUCCUGAGCACAGUCCUGCAUGAUCCCAGGUACUUUAAGAAACCUUAUGACUUUGACCCCAACCAUUUUUUGGAUGCUCAGGGAUCUCUGAAGAAGAGUGAUGCCUUUAUUCCCUUCUCUUCAGGGAAGCGAAUCUGUCUGGGAGAGGGCAUUGCCAGGAUGGAACUUUUCCUCUUCUUCACCACCAUCCUACAGAACUUCUCCCUGAGCUCCUCCAUGGAUCCUGAUAGCAUUGACCUCACUCCUAGGCUGAGUGGAGUGGGCAAUGUGCCUCCCAUAUACCAACUUUCAUUCCACCCCCGCUGAAGGGAGCCAAGGCUGAGGCCUGGAGAUGUAGCCACUGGGCCAACUUCCCUAUCAUCAUCAAUCAUACUAUACCCAAGGUAACCAGGCCAAGAAGAGACUGAGGAGGACAUAGCACCAUUUACCACCCUCAAAUGAGGGAAACUUGAGGAUAGAUGGGAUAGAAGUACCUUGAGUUUCCUCAUUGAUAAAGUGAGUGGGUUACCUCUGAAGACCCUUCCAUAUCUAGAUCAGUAAUGAUUCUAUGUUCCUAGUAAGUGACCUGAACUUCCUCCUAUCCUCACAGUUCCUCCUAUAACCUAACCUCCUUAUAUCCUACAUAUUCAGCCUAUCUCAUAACAUGGAGUCAAAACCAUCCUUAGCACUGUUGUGUCUCAACUGGGUGAUCAUGAAGUUUCUGUCCCAGGAGAGGGGAGCAAACCAUAUGAUGGCAAAGCAAAUAGAGUGUUGGAUUUGGAGUCAGGAAGACCUGUCUUCAAACCCUUCCUGUGACAUUGACUUACUGAGCCUCACGACCUGGGAGAAAUCCCUUUCAGUUUUGCUGCUCUGCAAAAGGAAGAUAAUAAGGUCAUUGAUACCAAUCUCACAAGGAUGUUCUGAAACUCAGCUGAAAUUAUGCAUAAAAAACAUCGUGAUUUUUUUGAAUGGGACUUUUGAUUUUGUGGGUGGAGAGAACACUUGAUACAGUCCUCAAGUCUACAUCUGCUUUCAGCAAAUGGACUCAGGGAGUUGCAGGAGCAAGCUCAGCUGCAGUGAAUUGUCCAUGGUGACAUAUCCCUGGCAGGAUGGUCAGAGAUGCGCCAUGGACAUGGGUCUUCUGGUCUCUGAGGCCAGCUCUGUCUCCAUUCUGCUAGUCAGCCUCUCAGAGUGCUAUGUAAACAUCAGACAGCAGAUAUUCUGGGUCAGAGGGGACUUUGGAAGGUAGAAUGCUGAAGGAUUUACUGUUCAUUGGGUGUGUGGGGAUUCAGAAAUGAACUAGUCCAAUCUACUCACUUGAUUUUGAUUCAGUUCUUUACUUUCAGAAGUGAUUAAUAAGCACCUGUUGUAUGCAUAGCAAUAUGUUAGGCACUGGGCAUACAAAGAUGAUCAUUCUUUCCUAUAAUGUACUCUUCAAAUAAAGCAGUUAAAAAUGUGA